CAUUUUUUUGGCUGGAUUUAUUUGACAUUUUGUUUUUAGUUAAUGUGCGCCUUUGGGUUUGUUUUACGCACAGUCCGUGUGCGCAACAGCCUCUGACGCGCAGAUACCCAAGAAUCUGUCCUGGUUCUCUGAUAUCCUGCGGGACAUCUGCUUCUUUCUCUCCUCCUGUUCGACCAAUCGCAGCUCAGCAGAGGAGCAACACCUGUAUAAAAGCAGGUCAGCUGUCAUUCAGCCCAGGCGCCAUGGAGAGUACAAGAAGCCACUGAUCGCGCGGAGGAGAAAGCCGCCGCAUCAGCACUGAGGAUGGAUGAAAUAUUUAACCAAAGCRGCGCUCCCAACCGAAGUUCCGUCGGGGAUGAGAAGUUUACAUUUGAGGACAUCGACGUGAGCGCGGACGGCUCUCCCAUCCUGAGGAUAUUCAUAUCGGUGGUGUACUCUGUGGUUUGCGCAGUAGGCUUGGUGGGGAACCUGCUCGUCUUCUUCCUCAUGAGACUGAGACAAGGUCGGAAAAGGUCCACCAUCAAUGUUUUCAUCAUCAACCUGGCCGUGACGGACUUCCAGUUCGUGCUGACGCUGCCCUUCUGGGCCGUGGACACGGCGCUGGACUUCAGCUGGCCGUUUGGAGACGCCAUGUGUAAGAUCAUCCUGUCGGUCACCGUCAUGAACAUGUACGCCAGCGUCUUCUUCCUCACGGCCAUGAGCGUCACGCGCUACCURUCCGUGGCGACGGCCCUGAAGAAGAGGUCCUACAGGAGGUUUCGGUGCGUGAGGUGGGUGUGCGCGGUGCUGUGGCUGGCAGCCACGGCGGCCACGGCUCCCACGGCCAUCUUUUCCACCGUGACCGUGGUGGCCGGGGAAAAACUCUGCCUCCUCAAGUUUCCGGAGGGACACGACUGGCUCGCCCUCUACCACAUCCAGAAAAUACUGAUAGCCUUCGUCAUCCCCAUGUUUAUAGUCACCGUCAACUAUCUGAUGCUCCUGCGCUUUGUCAGGAGGAAGAGCAUGGACAGCAGCAACCCCAAACGAAGAUCCAGAGUCACCAAGUCCGUGGCUAUUGUGGUCCUGUCCUUCUUCUUCUGCUGGAUGCCGAACCACGCCAUCACCUUCUGGGGGGUUUUGGUGAAGUUCAACGCAGCCAACUGGGACACGUCGUACUACACGGUGCACACCUACGUGUUCCCGGUCACGGUGUGUUUGGCGCACACGAACAGCUGCCUGAACCCGGUCCUUUACUGCCUGAUGAGGCCGGAGAUCAGGAAGCUACUGAGCAAYUUGUUUUGGAGAGUCUCCACUCCUCCCCCGAGCAAAGGCUGCACCACGCGCUCCGUUACGCACGGAGAAGAGGUCCACGGAGUCGUGCCCCUCCAGAUUCUGGACAACGUGGAUUACACCCUGUCCAUCAUAGACCGGAAAGGCUCAUCGACCUCGAAAGUGGCCCCGUACACCCAGUGAUUUCAGCUGGUUUUGGGGGAGGGGGGCUGGUUUGUUUACUUGAAGUUGACACUUGCGCGCGUAAAAGUUUCCAAAUUUGCUCCUGUUUUAACACCAGGAAAAAAAAAAGAUGAAUUUCCAAACUUUUCUGAUCCUGACAUGUACAGAUAAAACCGUUAUUUGGCGUUUGCUAAAUCCUCCAAAMAUACUCAGUAAAUUAACAGACGUAAACGCUGGUUAGGCUCCAGUUUUGUGUUGCCCAAUAUUUGUCUUGUUCAGACUAUCGGGACAUUUUGGCUCUUGGGACUUAAGAAAAGAAACACAACAUCCUCCACUGGGAUGUACAGAGCACACAGAGAGACACAGUCUCAGCACACUGGGACCUUAAUUUAUUGACUCGAUUCUGAUUUUGCUUGAGGUUCCAGUGUUUUAUCAUGUAGAGCAAGUCUGUAAAUUACGCACUUUUCCAUCAAAUAUGGUCCAAGAUUUACCUCAUGUCAGCACAGAACAUUCAUUUACUGUAAAUCUUUCAUGGUCUAAAAAUAAAUUAUUGGCACAAUCUGCUGUUUUUAUAAAGCUCACAUUUAUCAGCUCCUACACUGGAUGUUUUCCUCUAUUAGUGAUAGUGCAGAUGUAAACAGGCUGAGCAGAACYGUCACUGCAUUUAAAUAACAAAUUCUACUCUCCUGUGUGUCGGCAGCUGGAAACCCAUCAUGUGCAUCUUAUUCCCAACACCUGUCUGAGGUUAACCCARGAGACUGCCUGCCAGCUCCAGAACACCAAACUCAGUGUGGGCACUUGUCCGCUUAGAUUUUUUAUUUUAACUUUCUUUUCAUAACACUGUGCAGGUGUUCCACAACAACUAAAAAAGUAAAUCGGCACAUUUUUUGCUUUGUCCGUCUGCAAGAAGACAUUCACAAUGCUCUUUAAAAUGGUAAAUGUGUUGUUCUUAUGCAGUAAAUUUAAAUGAACUGCCUGAAAUGUAAACUGUGCUGAUUUAAAGGAUGCUGACUCAAAGUURUGGGUCCUCUGUGAUGCUCCUGGGUCCUCCCCUGAGUAUAUUUACAGACUGAUGACACACCUGCUUCUGCUGGAGGCUUCCUUCACUGACUCUGUAACKCUUCUGACAAGACUCAUGCUAUACAUCCUACAAAACAGCACAUGCAUCUAAGUGCCAUGGUCAAACUGUUUCGCCAUCACAUGAAAGUGGUUUGUGGCUACUGUUUACUUGUACGUGUGUCCACACACCUACGCUCCAUCACUUUCCCCUUAAGUAAAUUUGACGCCAGCAGCUCAGUUUGGAUUUUGUUUUUCUGAAAUUCGACCAUCACGACAGCAAAGUCAAUUGAAAAGAGUGAGUUUUAAUGUUUGCACAUCCUGCUUUGUUCUUUUGGCCAUUUUCACUUUUCUUUCUUGCUUAAAAAGUCAUAGCUGAGCAAAAAAUAAUAAUUAUAAAAAUAAUAAUAAAAAAACAUCAAAGAAUCUAUUUUGUGCUACUUUGACACAAUUUACUCCCUGUCACACACAAUUGUCCGUGUUUCAGAUUUGAUGAUGUUUUGCACUGAUUUCUUUCAUCACUCUGACAACAAAAAAUAUACACUCAAAGUGUUUUUCGUGCACAAUUUUGAGUGAUUCAGGUUAUACAGCUAAUGUGUUUUUUUUAUAUCCAGCUGCAACCAACAAACUCCUCCUCACAGAGAUCAAUAUGUUUCCACAGAGUUGUCCUUAGUAAAUAGUUCAUGUGUCAGCUGGUGUAUGACUUCACYAACCUGCUUUGAUUUAUUCUAGCUUUUGAUUUUAAACUAAUAAAACAAGAUAAACACAAUACUUUUGCCUGCAGAUUUAUUAAUACUUUCAGCGCACGCGUGUAAUGAGUACCUGAGCAGUUUUAAAAAAGCUUUGUUUGUUACAGAGAACCUUUUGUGCCUGAAUGAAAGCKGCUCUCUGAGAUUCUGCAAAUCAAUUAAGAUGUACGCCAAGCAGUCAAAUCCAAAUCUGAUUUUAAAAGAUUUUUUGCUUCAGGACCACUUGAGAUCAGGGACCCAAAGAUCCUCAAAAAUAAAAAAAAAAUCAUUUUGUUGUUUUAUCACAGAAUUGUCAAUCAAAUCAGUAUCUGCAGAUAUCACCUGUUAUGUGUAGUUGAGAAGCAGUAAUGUGGUAUAUUGUUGUCCGACAAAACAUGUAUUUAUUGUUUGCUUAAAUUGGUGGAUGUAACAGCAGAUAAAAUAAAUAAACCAAAGGGUCCAAUGG